AUGUCGACUAACUGUGCUGGUUGUAGUGAAAUACUUCAUGAACGGGAACAUCUAACCUGUAAAUACUGCAAAAAAACAUACGAUUUAGAUUGCGCAAAUGUAACCCCACAACGCUUCUAUAACAUAAUGUCGGCAGAAACAAAGGCCGCAUGGAAAUGUCAAGCUUGCUAUUGUGAGCAACCUAAGAAAAACAAGACAAACACGCCAAUACGCCCUCGCGAAAAAUCUCCCGUAGUAAAUAUCUCCCAAAUUGAUAGAGACAACAUUACAUUAAGAAGAUCCCCAAAUAAUAUGCACAAUGACACUAGUGAUUCGGUGGAUAUUGAGCUAUUAGGUGAUACUGUUAUUACUCAGACCUCCCCAAACCCAAAUGCAAAAUCUAAUGAAAUUUUACUGCAAACUCUAAGUGAAGAAAAUAAUAGAUCACUAAUAAAUGAGCUGCAAAGUACAAUUCACUCAGAAAUUAAAAAGCCAUUAUAUCAUGAAAUAAGAUAUUCAGCAAAAAACAGAAAUUCUAAAUUGUCAAAAUAA